UUUUUUUUUCAGAGGAGGUACCGCUGGCUGCUGUGUGGGGGCGGUUGGUGUCGGCUGCUAGCCGAUGGUGAUUUACCGGGAUGUUUGGGGUUCAGGUGGAUAGUAGGCCGGCUGACAGAGCUGCAAGGUUUGGCUGAUCUGAGGGUUGCAGGGGCCUAGCCCGUCUUAUCAUCUUCCGCAAUUUUUGCGCUUUAUUGUAGAUAAUUAUUCAUAUAGAUGGGCAUUGUUGCACAACACUGGAAAGCGAUCCAACAUGAUUUGCUGCUAAAACACAGGAAGGCUACCUAGACGAGUUUCUUUAUUAUAUAUUUUAUAAUUAUAAUCAUGGUCUAUUAGCGAUUCACUGUAUUAUGAAUUCGAUCGUUUGUUGACCGCUACAUGCCUACAACACAGGAAGCUCAUCAGUUCACGAUGAUUUUGUGCUUUGGCAGGGAUCAGGAGACCGUAGCUGUGGUUGAGGCACCUACCCCGGUUCUUGGGGAACCGAUGGACCUGAUGACUGCCCUGCAGCUCGUCAUGAAGAAGUCAGGUGCUCAUGAUGGCCUUGUGAAGGGUCUUCGUGAGGCUGCCAAAGCCAUCGAGAAGCAUGCCGCUCAGCUCUGCGUGCUUGCCGAGGACUGCGACCAGCCUGAUUAUGUCAAGCUGGUGAAGGCUCUCUGCGCUGAGCACAAUGUCCACCUGGUUACUGUGCCUAGCGCCAAAACUCUUGGAGAGUGGGCUGGGCUUUGCAAGAUCGACUCUGAGGGCAAGGCGAGGAAGGUUGUAGGCUGCUCCUGUGUUGUUGUCAAGGUGAGUAUAUCAUUUCCUACGGUACUACUACAAGCGACCACUUUCAAUUAUAUUUGCGUAAGCUGUUUUUUGUCUGCUACAUUUGGAUCACCAGGACUACGGCGAAGAAUCUGAAGGCCUUAACAUAGUGCAGGAGUACGUCAAAUCGCACUAGAUACAGUCUGUCAGUAUCUGGAAGUUGUGUUCAACACUACAUUUUGCACCUGAGUUUAAAUAUGUGUUUGGUUCUUGGGCUUUGCUAGGAGAUUAGAACAGUUUUCAAGUGAGCCUAGGAUCCAUGUGAACGAUUUGAAUAUCUCGCCUCUUGUCUUGCAAGUGUUCUCAUCUGCUGUUAAUACAAAAUCAGCAAGAGCUAGUAUUUUGUUCUUC